UCGAGAGGCACUCUGCGGACGGUGGCCUGGAAGUAACAGUUCGUUUUCAUCAUGGCGGCUCACUUGAAAAAACGCGUCUAUGAGGAAUUUACUAAAGUGGUGCAGCAGCAGCCACUUGAGGAGCUUCAAGCAAAGAAACUAAGACUUACAAAGCCUAGUAAAUCAGCUGCUCUCCAUGUUGAUUUAUGCAAGGCUACAUCUCCUGCAGAUGCCUUGCAGUUCCUUUUGCAGUUUGCACGCAAACCAGUGGAAGCAGACAGUGUGGAGGGAGUUGUCAGAAUCCUGCUGGAGUAUUACUAUAAGGAAAAUGACACCUCCGUCAGGCUGAAGAUUGCAUCUUUACUCGGACUGUUAUCAAGGACUUCUGGAUUUUGCCCAGAUUCUAUUGUGGAUGAUGUGAUCAAUAUUCUUCAAAACGAAAAGUCUCACCAAGUGCUUGCCCAGCUCCUUGACACCUUGCUAGAAAUCGGAAUUAAGCUGCAGGAGAAUAUUCCUCUUCGUGUGAGACUAUUAGAUGUGGCCUACAAGCACCUUUCUGACACUUCCCAUGGUGUCAGGAACAAAUGUCUCCAGCUGAUUGGAUGCCUCGGUGCUGUAGAUAAAAGUACUACAAAGGAAACAGAAAAUGCUGCAGGCAUAGACGUUCAAAAGAUUAUUGGGGAUUACUUUGGGGAUCAGGACCCUCGUGUCAGGACUGCUGCAAUUAAAGCCAUGCUACAACUUCAUGAACGAGGACUGAAAUUACAACAAACAAUGUAUGGUCAGGCCUGUAAGCUGUUGUCUGAUGAUUAUGAACAAGUCCGUAGUGCCGCAGUGCAGCUGACUUGGGUGUUAAGCCAGAUUUAUCCUGAAAGCAUCGUGCCUAUCCCUUCAUCCAAUGAAGAGAUCCGUCUUGUUGAUGAUGCUUUUGGAAAAGUGUGUCACAUGGCUAGCGAUGGCUCCUGGGUGGUCAGAGUCCAGGCCUGCAAACUUCUGGGGUCCAUGCAGCAGGUUAGUCCCCACUUCUUGGAGCAGACUCUGGACAAAAAAUUGAUGUCAGACCUUAGACGGAAGCGGACUGCACAUGAACGUGCUAAAGAACUCUACAGCUCUGGGGAGUUUUCGAGUGGCCGAAAAUGGGGAGAUGACACCCCCAAAGAAGAGCUAGACACGGGAGCUGUGAACCUUAUUGAGUCCGGAGCAUGUGGAGCUUUUGUUCACGGUCUGGAAGAUGAGAUGUAUGAGGUAAGGAUAGCUGCUGUGGAAUCUCUCUGUCUGCUGGCACGAUCCUCUCGUCCCUUUGCGGAGAAGUGCCUGGACUUCCUGGUGGAUAUGUUUAAUGACGAGAUUGAGGAGGUCCGUUUGCAGUCCAUCCACACUAUGCGCAAGAUAUCUGACAACAUCACCCUGCGGGAAGACCAGCUAGAUACUAUACUGGCUGUGCUGGAGGAUUCUUCUCGGGACAUCAGAGAAGCUCUGCAUGAGCUACUGUGCUGCACUAACGUGUCUACCAAGGAAUGCAUCCAGCUUGCUUUGGUAGAACUUCUAAAGAACCUCUCAAAGUAUCCAACUGAUCGAGACUCCAUCUGGAAGUGUUUGAAAUUCCUUGGAAGCCGACAUCCCACCCUUGUACUUUCCUUGGUCCCAGAGCUUCUCAGUACCCACCCGUUCUUCGAUACUCCAGAGCCGGAUAUGGAUGAUCCAGCCUAUAUUGCUGUUUUGGUUUUGAUAUUUAAUGCUGCCAAGAUCUGUCCCACAAUGCCAGCAUUGUUUUCUGAUCACACCUUUCGCCAUUACGCCUAUCUGCGGGACAGCCUUUCACACCUUGUGCCAGCUCUCAGUUUGCCGGGUGUAAAGUGGUCAUGGAUUCCAGAUUUGGAAAGAGAGGCCCCUCAUGAAGACCCCUCACAGCAGUUCCUGCAGCACAGCCUGGAGAGAGUUCAUAACCUUCAGCACCUUGGUUCACAGGGGACACAGGAACUGCUCGAAUUCACCAUUCGUGAUCUGCAGAGAAUCGGAGAGCUUCAGUACGAGCUUGCGGGAAUGGCAGAUUUCUCUGCUACCUAUCUGCGUUGCCACUUACUGCUGAUCAAGGCCUUGCACGAGAAGCUGUGGAGUCUUGCAGCUCCUCUCUAUGUCAGUCAGAAUUCUGUGACAGCUGCUGCAGUGAAACAGAUUUUGGAAGAAACUUACAAGAUGGAGUUUAUGUACAGUGGACUUGAGAACAGACAGGUGGCUAUAAUACAUCACAUGAGACUACAAGCAAAGGCUCUGCAGCUACUAGUGACAGCCCGAACUACUAAGGGUGUGGAUCCGCUGUUUGGAAUGUGUGAACAAUUCCUCCAAGAGGUGGAUUCUAUUCAAAGAUGCUUUAUUUCAGAGUUACCUCAGAUGCAGGACAGUUUUGUGGAUAAGCUGCUGGAUCUCAUGCCAAGACUGGUUAACUCAAAACCUCUAGAAAUGGUUAAAAUUCUCCAGACAACUUUGCGACAAAGCAGCUUCCUCCAUCUAACCCUUCCUGAGCAGAUCCACAAAGCUUCUGCCCAAAUUAUCGAGCCAGCAGCAGAGUCUGAUAACCCAAUUCGCUUCACCUCAGGCCUGGUUGUGGCUCUAGAUGUUGACGCCACAUUAAAUCACGUACAGGAACCACAGAGCACAGUGAAAGUACAGGUUGUAUAUCCAGAUGGGCAGAUCCAGAUUAUCCACCCUAAGCCGGCUGAUUUCCGGAAUCCAGGCGAAGGCAGGCACCGGCUAAUAACUCAGGUUUAUCUUUCACAUACAGCAUGGACAGAACCCUGUCAGAUUGAGGUGAGACUGUUGCUCGCCUAUAGCUCCAGCAGAAGCAAAGCGUCCAGUCGGUCUCCCACACCAUGGGGAGACAGCACAGAAUCUAUCCCUUCCACUGAGAACAGCACAGAGGGCACAAUCCAUCUUAGCAAACCUGUUAAAGUCUUCCUCAUGCCUAAACCAGCCAGACGGUAAUGGAUAUACUUGUAUGGAUAUAUGUCUUUCCUGGUGUUGGGAAGCAUUGCAUUGCAAGGACACAGAUAAGGACAUGUCAUGUGAGACUCACUUGGGAUGAACAAUCUUUACUACUCCAGGUGUUGUUGGAUUACAACCUCCUUUACCCUCAGCCAGCAUUCAGGGCAACAAGAACCAAAGUGUGGAAUGUUGCCACACUAGAGAUUUUGAAGUAAAGUAUUUUUGAGUGUUUCUUACACUAUCAGGAUAUUCAAAGCAAAUAGUAAGGCAUCAAGUGGAAAAAUAUCGCUGUAAUUUUAUUUAUUUUUAUCUACUUUUGAGGUUCGCUUAUAACAUUGGAAGAAAAUGUUUGUCAAACCAGCUGUUCCUAUAUGCUUCUUUACCAUAAAAACACAUCUACAUGAAUAUCUGAUUAGGGGUAAAUGUGCAUUCACAUUCCCUUCUAAACUCCAUAAAUGUUUUCAUCAAUGUGAACUUAAACAAUAAAUACAUAAAAGAAAUGCUAAAGUCCAAGUUCUCCCCUUAACCCAAACCUCAUUGGUAGAGGUCAGGGUGGAUGGACUGCGAGGUGAAGGGGGAAAGUGCUGCCGUUAGCUUUUUGCUACGUUGUUUUGGGCUGGCUAAUAGCUAAAAGGCUAAUCUCUCUGUAUGUGCAGCAAAAUGCUUCACAUACAGAGUACAGUCAUUGUGACCACUUCAAAUCUUUGAAAUGGUCAUGGUACUUUGAGUAAUCCUUAAAUUUUAAAACCAACAAUGCAUCUAGAAGGGAAGUUGCUCUUAGAUGGGAUCAUCAUGGUAAGUAAAACUACUAAACUGAUACUUCUCCAAUGUAUGUUGUGGGGACAAACAAAAUUAAGGAGAUCAUAAUGAAAAAGGUACUCACAGUGCAUUUGGAUGUGUGACUAUAUGGAUGUUCCAACAAAAAUCCAGAUGAAUGAAAAAUUAGAAUCUUCAAAGUAAUGAAUAGGAAAAAUCCUUGCUUGUAGUUGCUUAUUUUUUUGUUGAAAAAGAUAAUAGAAAUGCACCAGGCAGUAAACAAAAUAUUGUACAAAGAAAAUAAGUUCCAAUACAGGCAAAAUAAAUAAUGGGGAGACACUAUUGAGCAAGAAAGUAUGCGUCUCACGUCUAGCAGCAUCCUGUAUUUGGAUUUAUUAUAUUUGUACGCUUAUUUUAAUACUGCUUUGUGCGUUGCUAUUCUCUUUUUCCCCAAUAAAUAAGCAACUACACUAUAAUGAUUAUCCCUGUUCAUUACUUUGGAGAUUCUCAAGAGUGCAAUAUACUCCUCGCUUUUCAUUCCUCAUAGUAAUUAUACUGGUUUAUUGCUUUAAAUAGAUCAAUCUGUCUUGAUAAGAGUGAUUGUGCUUAUACAUACAUGCAUUAAAGUUCAUUGCCAAAAAAAAAGUUAAUCUAAAUGGAUAUUCAUUUUGAUCUAUGUAAUUGGAAUGAAGGAUUCCCAGAUGUGGACUUGCAGUUGAUUAUACUAGGGGGAGCAAUCUAAUUGAAUACCCUCACAUCACAAGGUAGUGUGGUGUUAAAUAUUGGAAACAUGUUUUAUUUCACUUUAAAAGCACAACAAAUGUGAUUAUUACAAAUGGAAAUAAUCUGUUAAAGACCCCUAUCCCAUAUACAAUGUACUUUCUUUCCUUUUAUUAAAGAGGUUUUGUGCAGGUGA